UCAACAGCCCCCGUCGGGUCUGUUUUUGUUGGUUUGAGAUUUGCCGGCAAGUUCCUCAUGUGUUCAUACAUAAUUUGCGGCGAUUGUCGUGUUCCUUUUUUCUGAAAUUUUAAACUUGUUGGUUAACAUUUGUAAAAUGUCGUAAAUGUGUUGUUUGUCACGAUGUCUGACAUAUUCUACACGCGUGACGCUAUCAAUCUUCUAAGUGGGAAGAAGAUAUAUUUCAUAGGAGAUAGUAACAUUCGAGCAUUGUACAAAGAUGUUGUCUGCCUGCUGGUGCACAAUCGGCUCCUGACAGAAAAACAACUAAGACAAAAGGCUGAGGUAACUUUCCUCGGGGAUGAAUUACUCAGAGGUUCACCUCUUACCAAAGGAAGAGCAUACACAGAGGACAGACGUUUUAAGCCGAGACACCUACAUACACAUGUUGAAUUUCAUUUUAUCACAAGAUGCUUAAAUUUGGACCUUGAGCUCAUGCUGGAUGACUUCAGAAGUAAAAAGGUAUCAGCUCCAGAUAUAAUUGUAAUGAACUCAACACUCUGGGAUGUCAAUCGCUGGGGAUGGAAUGGGGUUGAGAAAUUCAAGGAAAAUAUGCAGGAACUGAUGAAAUUAUUUAAGAGUUCCUUACCACCCUCCUGUCUAGUGAUCUGGGUGACAGCCCCCCCUCUUGCUGUCGAAAUCAGAGGGGGUUUUAUGAUAAAACAGAUAGAAUAUGCCAAGUUCACCAUGAGGUUUCAUGUGAUGGAAGCUAACAUGUAUGCUCAAAAGCUCCUUGCCGAAAAUGGCUAUAAUGUGCUGGAUUUUCAUUUCCAUUUGAGGUGGCUGGUCCACAGGCGCAAUCCCGACGGGAUGCACUGGAGCAACAAGGCCAUGAGGCACCUCACCAACCUCUUGUUCACGCACAUCUCGCUCGCGAUCGGCGUGCCGCUGCCCGGCAACUACCACAGCAGCCUCCUGGAGAAGCACAAGAGCCUGGCGCGCCUGGAGCAGGCAGACCUGGAGGCCGACCCCUGCGACUUCACUGACGACGUGGAGCUGACGGACGCGCCCCAGGCGCUGCUGCCCACCCCGGAGCUGCCGCAGCAGCGCGCCCUGCGCCCCGGCGGGCCGUCGUCCUGCUCCGUGUCGUCGUCGUGCUCCUCGAACUCCUCGGCGGGGAGCUCCAAGUUGCGCGCGCGGCCCCCGCCGCGGGUGGCCACCCGCCCCAGCAGCAAGAUCGCCGUGGUCCAGAGUGGCGGCGGCGGCCCCAGGCACCCGCCCGCCCCGAGCCGCUCGAGCUGGAAGGCGCCAGGCAGGGGCGGCGGCGGCAGUGGGUACCACAACAGUGGGUACCACGGCGGUGGGCACCGCGGCGACGGUGGGUACCGCGGUGAUGGUGGGUACCGCGGUGGAGGGCACCGUGAUGACGGUGGGUACCACGGCGGCGGGCAUCGCGGUGGCAGAGGGUACUAUGGCGGCGGCCAGCGCGGCGGCGGUGGGUACCACGGCGGCGGAGGCGGCGGCGGCGGCGGCGGCGGCGGCGGCCACCGCGGUGGCUGGGACAACAGCAGCUACGGAGGCACGGACUACGACUACACCGAGGACGGCCCGUACUUCGAACAGCAGCCGCAACAGAUCGAGUCGCAUUGGGGGCCGGCGCGGCGGCAGCGACACCACGGUGAUCGUCGGCACCGGCCCUACUGAGGCGCAAGUGCACCAGAAGGUCCCUGCGCAUUCUAUGCUGACUUGUUUUUCCUACGGGUACAUUUUAGUUUAGCUUACAAAGUCUUAAAUGUGAUGGAACCUUUGUCACGUUUACGACCUUGAAAAGUUUGUUAUUUUUUUUACUUUUUUUAUUUACCAAUAAUUGCUUUGUUGAAUUGCGAUGACUGCUUUGUUGUACGUAAUAUAAGUAGGAUUGAAGUUCCGUU